AUGGCAACUAACCUACAGCGCCACCUAGCCGCGAAGAAGACCUUGGGCCUGAUCUACUCUAACCGCACGAUGUCGCGCGGAGCAGCCCUGCAAGCACUGGGAGCAAUCCCAGAACCCAAUUUUGAGAAGCUCGUAUCUCAAUAUGGAAUCAUUUUCACCAUGGUCUCCAACGACACAGUGCUGCAACGAUUGCUAUCCACCGUUGUGGGUUCAAGCCAGUCCCUGAAGGACAAGGUCUUCGUCGACUGCUCAACAGUGCACCCCGAAACCCGCAGGUCUUCGGCGGGACCCCAAUUGCCGUGGAUGGCAAGCUUGUCUUUGCCAUUGGUGGUCCCCAAGAGUGCAACUGAGGCCGUCAAACCUCUGAUCCAAGAUGUGAUGGGUCGUCGUGUGAUUGAUUGCGGCGAGGAUGCUACAAAAUCAUCGCUUCUGAAAAUCGCCGGUAACAUUAUCACUGUCAACAUUAUGGAGGCUGUUGGGGAGGCUCAGGUCUUUGCUGAGAAGACCGGGCUUGGAACUGGUCCCAUGGAGGAGCUUAUUGGCGAGGCUCUUGGUUCUUUUGCUGGAGGUUAUUCUAAGAGAUUGACUGCGGAUGCUUAUGCGCCGCCCCUGAACUCUCGUCCUGGCUUUAGGGUUUCUCUUGCUAUCAGGGAUUCCAGGCAUGCCAUGUCGAUGGCCCAGGAGCAGGGUGUUGAGCUUCCUGGCCUUGAGAUUGCUCGGGCUAAUAUGGAAGCCGCGAGAGAAUAUGGCGGAGAGUGUCUGGACAGCAGUGCGAUGUACGGGACUCUGCGCCAGAAGGCUGGCCUGGAGUUUUGGAAUGAGAAGAGCAGGAGAGAAUAA